AGAACGUCGGACGUGAUUGGUUGAUCGGGUAGCAUGGCGUUUGAAUGAGAACAGGAAGAUCUGUAGCACCACAGAGAGGAGGUUAUCUCUAUUUAGCGACUUUAGUGGCUCCCCAGCUCUCCGAACCUGCGGUUUUUAGCCUUAGUUGCUGUCAGAGCAUGUCUUAGGAAUCACACACGGUCUGUCCGGUGAGGCAGCUACAGUCUGAUGAGGGGGGGAGCACAGCUGGCAGGAUGCAGCAGAAAAGGAACAUCCAGAUCAUCGAGUGGGAGGACCUCGACAAAAGGAAAUUCUACUCCUUUGGGAUCUUCAUGACGAUGACCAUUCGGGCCACCGUCUACCCAGCCACGCUCAUCCGCACCCGGCUGCAGGUACAGAAGGGAAAGUCGCUCUACAGUGGAACCUUCGACGCUUUCUUCAAGAUCCUCCGGGCGGAGGGCGUGCGAGGCCUGUACCGCGGGUUCAUGGUGAACACCUUCACGCUCAUCUCAGGCCAGGCGUACAUCACCACCUACGAGUUGGUGAGGAAGUACGUUUCCCAGUACUCGGAGGACAACACCGUCAAGUCGCUGGUGGCCGGGGGCUCGGCCUCGCUGGUUGCCCAAAGCAUCACUGUCCCCAUAGACGUUGUGUCCCAGCAGCUGAUGAUGCAGGGCCAGGGGCAGCACCUCACGCGCUUCCGACUCAGCUCCGAUUCUGAGACCGGGAAGCCCGCGAAGGUUUUCGGACAAUCCAGGAAAAUCGUGGCUCAGAUUUUCGCUGCAGACGGCUUCCGGGGGUUCUACAGAGGAUACGUGGCUUCUUUACUCACUUACAUCCCAAACAGCGCAGUCUGGUGGCCUUUCUAUCACUUUUAUGCUGAGCAACUCUCUAAACUGGCUCCCAGCGACUGCCCGCACCUGGUCCUUCAGGCCAUGGCCGGACCUUUGGCUGCCGCGACGGCCUCGACCGUCACCAACCCCAUGGAUGUGGUCCGAGCCAGAGUACAGGUCGAAGGCAGGACUUCAGUCAUUGAAACGUUCAGGCAGCUGAUCAAAGAGGAGGGCUACUGGGGAACGACCAAAGGGCUGUCAGCGCGCAUCAUUUCAUCCACACCCACUGCCAUCGUCAUGGUGGUUGGCUAUGAAACACUGAAAAAACUCAGCCUGCGACCAGAGCUGGUGGAUUCCAGACAUUGGUAAAAAAAAAAAGGAAC